AUUGAACAACAUAUACAUCGCGUUAGAGCCACCUAUUUUAAUAGGUAAACGUUCUAAAUUCCUAUUUACUAUUUAUUCUUGAAUUCUUUUCUGUUUCAAGUUCUAUAGUUCUUAGUUAAGUCUUAUAUACUUGUUUCUAUACAGUUAAUGAUUUCAUAAGAUAUUAAAUUUAUUUCGAAAUGCCGCGAAACAAAGCUGUUGAAGAGACGGAUAAACAAAUCCGAAUAGCUAUUGUGAAUAAUGAUAAAUGUAAACCCAAAAGAUGUCGUCAAGAAUGCAAAAAAUCUUGUCCUGUCGUAAGGAUGGGCAAAUUAUGUAUAGAAGUAGCACCCAAUGAUAAAAUAGCUUCAAUAUCAGAAGAAUUAUGUAUUGGUUGUGGUAUUUGUGUCAAAAAAUGUCCAUUUGAGGCAAUAACUAUCAUUAAUUUGCCUAGUAAUUUGGAAAAGGAUACUACUCAUAGGUAUUCAAAAAAUUCAUUUAAAUUGCAUAGAUUACCUACACCGAGACAAGGUGAAGUGUUAGGUUUGGUUGGAACUAAUGGUAUUGGGAAGUCUACUGCAUUAAAAAUACUUGCAGGCAAACAAAAACCAAAUCUUGGACGUUUUUCAGAUCCACCCGAUUGGUCUGAAAUACUAAAUCAUUUUAGAGGAUCAGAACUACAAAAUUAUUUUACUAAAAUUUUAGAAGAUGAUUUAAAAGCUAUGAUAAAACCUCAAUAUGUUGAUCAAAUUCCAAAAGCUGUUAAAGGUACUGUUCAACAGUUGUUGGAUAAGAAAAACGAACGAAAUAAUAUUGAAGAAAUAUGCGAUUUCCUUGAGUUGGAUAAAAUUCGAGAUAGAUCCAUUGAUCAACUUUCUGGUGGAGAAUUGCAACGUUUUGCGUGUGCAAUGGUUUGUAUACAAAAUGGGGAUAUAUUUAUGUUUGACGAGCCUUCUAGUUACCUAGAUGUGAAACAGCGUCUAAAAGCUGCCUUAACUAUACGAUCUUUAAUUGCUCCCGAUAAAUACAUUAUUGUAGUAGAGCAUGAUUUAUCAGUGUUGGAUUAUUUAUCUGAUUAUAUUUGUGUCCUUUAUGGAGUACCUGGAGCCUAUGGAGUUGUUACUAUGCCUUUUUCAGUACGAGAAGGCAUAAACAUAUUUUUGGAUGGAUUUGUUCCAACUGAAAAUCUUCGUUUCCGAGAUGAAAGUCUUAUUUUUAAAGUCUCAGAAAGUGCUACUGAAGAAGAAGUUAAACGCAUGACUCAUUAUGAAUAUCCAGAAAUGUCUAAAACUUUGGGGAAUUUUUAUUUGAAAGUUGAAACAGGUCAAUUUACAGAUUCUGAAAUUUUAGUUCUGUUGGGUGAAAAUGGUACUGGAAAAACAACAUUCAUUAAACUUUUAGCGGGUAUUAUGCCUGCUGAUGGAGCUAAAGCUGAAUUACCAAGGUUGAAUGUGAGCUAUAAACCUCAAAAAAUCAGUCCUAAAAGUCAAUGUUUGGUGCGGGUACUUUUACAUGAAAAGAUUAGAGAUGCUUAUAUACAUCCACAGUUUGUAACAGAAGUCAUGAAACCAUUGAAAAUUGAUGAUAUCAUGGAUCAAGAAGUUCAAAAUUUGUCUGGUGGAGAAUUACAGAGAGUUGCUAUUGCACUAUGUUUAGGAAAACCUGCGGAUAUAUAUUUAAUAGAUGAACCAUCUGCGUAUUUGGAUUCAGAACAACGUUUAGUUGCUGCUAAAGUUAUUAAACGAUUUAUUUUGCAUGCUAAAAAGACAGGAUUUGUGGUAGAGCACGAUUUUAUUAUGGCAACAUAUUUGGCGGAUCGAGUUAUUGUAUUAGAAGGCCAACCGUCGGUAACAUCCACAGCAGAUACUCCUCAAGGAUUAUUAGCUGGAAUGAAUAGAUUUUUGGAACUGCUCGGAAUCACAUUUAGAAGGGAUCCUAAUAACUUCAGACCUCGAAUUAAUAAAACAAACUCUGUAAAGGAUGUGGAACAAAAAAGAGCUGGUCAAUACUUCUUCUUGGAAGAUUAAGAAACAAUAUUAUUCACUUGUUUCAUAAAAUCUUUAUCUCAAACAUCAAAUAGCAUACAUUUUUAUAAUCAAUUGAAUAUAUAUAUAUUUUUAUAAUAUUA